UAUCCAUAGUCCAUUCUUACAACGAGAUAUUCUUUAAUACGCUGAUUGGCUAACGAAUAUAUUUUCCUGAAUAGUCAACCCAAUGGCGAAUCAGAAGAAGUUUUUGUUUUUAAGCAAUUUGUUAGUAAAUGCAAGUUGAAAAAUAAAGAGUAAAAAAAGUUUUUGUCUUAAAGUCAGGUAACUGCUGUCCUAUCCAAGUUCGAUAAAUUUCUUUAAAAAAUAUAUUUAUGAAGGCGGGGAAGAUAUAUAUCAAGAAUCGAUAAUGUGAAGCAGCCUUUGUAUUCCUACAGGAUAACCGAAAGAUCCUUCCUCACGUUGUUUCCUCCGCUUCCUUUUCUUCCUUCGUGCUGGACGGUUGUUGAAUUGGAUUUCCAUUGCAGCCGAUUGCAUCAGAUUUAAACGAGUAUUUGUGUGAUCUGACGGCGUGCAAACAUGAGCUUUACUUUGGGUUUGAGGCAGCCUUGCGAAGAACAAAGAAUAUCCUCAAAUGGGCUGAAUAGUCUCACUAGUCCCGAGUUGGAAUUGAAAGAUCCAACUCCUGACAUUCAUAAAUUGUUUGCACAGUUCAAUAAGCGAUUCUUUUGGAGCAUGUUGACUUACGUUGAAGUUAAAUGGAGUAAACGAAUGACAAGUUGCGCUGGAAUUUGUACAUAUCACGCGCGUUUUAGACAAUGUGUGAUUACGCUCAGCGAACCAUUACUUAAACUCAGACCUAGGAAAGAUCUCGUAGAAACCUUGUUGCACGAAAUGAUCCAUGCUUAUUUAUUCUUAACAAAUAAUGAUCGUGAUAGAGAUGGUCACGGUCCUACUUUCUGCAAGCAUAUGAAGAGGAUCAAUCGUGAAGCAGGAACCAAUAUAACGAUCUACCACGAUUUUCAUAAUGAAGUAAAACUAUAUCAGCAACACUGGUGGAAAUGCAAUGGACUGUGUCGAUAUAACCCACCGUUCUUUGGCAUGGUACGCCGAGCUAUGAAUCGUGCACCUAGUCGAGCAGAUUUCUGGUGGGAUGAACAUAAGCGGAAUUGCGGUGGCGAAUUUAUAAAGAUUAGGGAGCCAGAAAACUAUAAAUCAAAGAAGGAUUCAAAGAAAAAUAAUAAAUCGACAAGUUUACCUACGAGAAAACCAAUUUUUGAUUGGCUCACAAAGAAACCUCUGCCGGCAAAUGUACCAAAGUCUACAGCUCGUAAUUCUAAAACAUUUAACCAAUCGGACAACGAUAAGCCUAAUACCAGUCAAGGCAAUAAUAGUACAAAUUUAUCUAACCGUAUGCAUGAUUUUCUGUCUGGCAUUCGUUAUCCUGUGCUACCUUCCGACAUGAUUAAAAAUGUGCAUGACUCGUCUGGAAGAGUAGAAAAAGCUGGUAAAGAUAAUAUUGCUCCCAAGGAUUCCAAGUUUUCUUGUUCCGGCGUUUUGGGAGGCACUCACAGUGGCCAAAGCAAUCUCCUGACGAAAUUUCAGAAUUUAAGUAAUGACUCAAGUCGUCUACGUAAAUCAGUUAGCACAGCAUCAUCAUCAUCAUCAUCAUCGUCGUCGUUGUCGUCGGAAUCAUCAUCUGUCGUACACGGGUCCGCAAGUAAUUCAAGUAAUUCAAGUACCGGUCAACAAGGAGCCGACAUUGUGUUCUGCCCUGUAUGCGACUUACCGAUAAGUUUAGGAAAUAUAAACAGGCACAUAGAUACAUGCAUCAUGAACCACAAUUCGUCGCUUAUUGACGAGAUCAAUAAUAAUGUUAAUAACAAUAACGGUAGCGAAUUAAUAUUACCCGAAUUACACAGAAGAUUAUCAAUGGAACGAGAAGACCAUGAGGCAGACUCGACUCGUAAACGCAGAAGAUUACACGAACCGAGUGACGUUGAGCGAGUCAACUGUCCUGUCUGUAACAACGUGUUUUCAUCUGUGGAUAUCAAUCAGCACCUCGACGAAUGCCUGGAGAGAACGGACCGGAGAAAUGACAAAGCUCGUGAUAUCGACAUGCCUUCUACUUCUUAUGCGGCGGAUAACGACAGUGUAAUUAGCAGUUCCUACAAUUCCAACCUGGAUGACGACAGUUUAAACGCGCAAGCUUCCACGAGCACUGCUGGUGCUAGAGGAAGUGACGCAGCGGGUCUCGAACAGAAAUGUUUAGUUUGCAACGUAGUACUCGCAGCUGGAGUAUCGUUGAACGAGCAUCUCGAAGAGUGCAUUGGAAAUAUGUUCGAUGACGCAAUAGUAAUAAAUGAUGAUGGGAACGAUGACGAUGUUGUACCUGUGACCGAUUCGGUGAAGAAUAAAUAUCCCUGCCCCGUAUGCAUGCAGAUGAUACCAGAAGACCAGAUGAAUCAGCAUUUAGACAGGUGCCUUAAAGACGAAUAAAUGAAUAUGGAUACUUGAAGAAAGUUGAUCAUUACUUGCCUGAUUCAUAGAUCAAUAAAGACGAGGUAUUUU